AGUAGCUAGGGAUCCUGUGGAUGUGAUAUGAAUCCGUACAUUUAGCCUGCGGCGCGUGGAGUGGGGCCGGUACCUGAUUGGAUUGAUUCCAGGCCCUUAUCCAAACCGACUUCCCCAUCGCCUAUUUGAAGCACCGCAAAGCUUGCGCUUUAUCUUUAGCACCCACUUUCAACGAUAUUAUAGCUUCUACCCACGUCAUCACAAGCAUCAUAAUGGCCAAUCCACUUAUUAGUAACCACCAUGGCAAGAACGGCAAGUACACUCAGGCCUUCUUGGAGCAGAAUGGACCCGGAGAUGCUCGACCUACAGCUCUCGACAUUCUCAAGGACAACGACCGGAUCGGUACCAUGGAAGACAAGGUCUUUCUUCUCACCGGGUCCUCUGGAGGAAUCGGCAUCGAAACAGGUCGAGCACUCGCCGCGACUGGAGGGAAGGUGUAUAUGGGCGUUCGCGACUUGGAAAAGGGAAAGCAAGCUUUGCAAGAGAUCCUCGAACCCGGCCGCGUGGAGCUGCUUGAACUGGACAUUGGUUCGAUGGACAGCGUCCGUACUGCGGCCAAAACGUUUUUGUCCAGGUCGACCCAGCUGAAUGUCUUGAUCAACAAUGCGGGGAUCAUGGCAUGCCCAGAGGCAAAGACAGUAGAUGGCUUUGAGUCGCAGCUUGCAAUCAACUAUCUCGGCCAUUUCCUUCUCUACAAGCUACUCGAGCAGACGCUCUUGAACAGUUCCACGCACGAGUUCCAAUCCCGCGUCGUCAACGUCUCUUCCGCUGGCCAUCACAUGAGCUCCGUUGUUCUCAACAACAUCAACCUCGAUGGUGAGUACGAGGCGUGGAAGGCAUACGGCAAUGCCAAGACAGCUUGCAUUUGGAUGACGAACGAGAUCGAGCGCCGAUACGGUUCCAGGGGCCUCCAUGGCCUUUCGUUGAUGCCUGGCGGUAUUGCCACGGGCCUACAACGUCACGUCGACCCAGAGACAUUGAAGCAGUGGGGUUCGAGUGAGCCUGCUCAAAAGUAUGGCAAGAGCCCGGCCCAGGGCGCUGCCACGACCAUGACGGCUGCACUCGGUAACGAAUGGGAAGGCAAGGGUGGUGUCUAUCUGGAGGACUGCCAGGAAGCUGGCCCUAUCCCUGAGGGCGGUACACUGGCGGUCGGUGUUGCACCACACGCCUUCGAUCCAGAGGGCGAGAAGAAGUUGUGGGCUUUGUCUCUCAAGACGUUGAACAUUUCAGAGUAGUGCGCAAGAGGGACAUCUACCGAGGAGGCUUUGAGAUCGAUGGAAGUGAGAGAAGAUCCAUGAAUGUGUCGUCGCAUUGGAUAAAGGGCAGGGAUAGGAAGAAGCGGUGUUUCCGUGGUAUAAUGUCGAUGCACGCAAACAACUAAAAAUGAGGUCAAUAAUGAGUAAGGCUUAGGCUGUGGCACAUAUCGAGCUAGCCUCUGGAUUGCACCGCAUUUCUGAGUCACCUAACUUUCAAAAUAACACGUUUUUCUGUUGUAACUACGUUUCGACAUAACACAAUAAACAGCAAGAGAUUAGUUGGUAACAGACUUUUCAGCCUUCAAGAUAAAGGACCUAUGG